GUGCAAACUUGUGCAACCAGUGCAAAAGCCAUAAAGGCGAUCUGCCAGCUCCGGCUCACUUGUACAGAGUUCAUUGUUACUGUAUAUGAAAAAGCCGUUCGUUUGUAUCCGACAGAGACUGGAGAGCUACGGUGGUCUGCUUUUCUGUAGCAGGUUAAAUGAAUCGUAGAGGUAAGCAGCUGCUUUUCAAACUGCUGCUGACGUUUCUGGUGUUUGUAGGCCAGGCAGCAGUUAGUCGACUAAGUGGUUCAAUGGCCCUGUUGGGGAGUUCUUUUCACAUCUUAGCUGAUGCCAUGGCUAUGGCAACAAGUGUGCUGAAUUCCCUAGUAGCUUCAAUGAGACAUUCUUCUGUCAGAAGCCGGAAUACCUUUGGAUGGGCCCGGGCAGAGGUGAUGGGGAAGCUGGUGAAUGCUGUGUUCAUUACAACUCUGUGUUUCAUAAUUACUUUGGAAGCCUUAAACCGAUUCAUGAAGCCGAGCCCACUUGGACGACCCUUGGCUCUGCUGUUGGCAGGAAGCAUGGGUCUUAUAAUGACCCUGAUUUGCCUACUGAUGUACUGGAGUGAUUCACAAAGUUCCAAGAUGGAAAGAUCGCUGAGAAGUGCUAGACGGGACACAGCAAAGAUGGACAAGCAGGACAGGGCACAUGGGCUACAAGACUCCUUGAUCAGUCAUGCACAAGCCUCUGAUGAACAACCCACCAAGCAAGCCUGCCCUGGAGACACUGUCCAUCAAGUAAAGACAAAGCCAGCUGUUGUCAAGCCAAGAGGUAUUUCACCGUGGGUGAGGAAUGUUCUGGGGUCCUUAAGUGUGGUCUUCACUUCUCUGCUGUUCAAUGCAUUUUGUGGAGAAGAAAGCAUCUGUUACAAAAAUUGUGUGUCUGCAGUAGAACACUGCCACUUGGUCCACAGACACCCUGUCACAGCUGAGGUGACUAAGCCGAGGUCAGGGGUCUGUUGGCCUCUGUAUGUUGACCCCACGUUAUGUCUCAUCAACGUAUUUAUCUUGAUUCAUUCUAUAUUUCCUGCUAUGCAAGAAGCCACACUUAUCCUUCUACAGACAGUGCCCAGGCACGUGGACCUUACCAAGCUCGAAACUGAUUUGUACAACAUUUCAGGGGUCUUAGGCAUUCAUGAACUACAUGUCUGGCAGUUGGUGGGAAACCGCUCUGUGGCUACACUGCAUGUCAAGUGUAUAUGCUCCGAAUCGUAUCUGGACAUGAUAAGAAAAAUAAGAGCCUGCUUUCAAUCUGUGGGCAUUCAUGCUGUCACUGUGCAACCUGAAUUUGUCUCCCAGGAAAUUCAAUUAUUUAAUGUGGACUCCAACACCGGUGAAAGUUUGUCCUGCGAAUUACCAUGCUCAAAGCAGUGCACAAGCAAACAAUGCUGCACAGGACCAAAACUGUCACCAAUGACAUCAAAAUGUGACACUUCAGGACUAGAUCCGUGGGACUUGCUGACAUCAGAGGCCACAUGCAGCUCAAGGUCUUUUCUGGAUGCUGACUUUAUUUUAGGCCUCAGGGAGACCACAUUGUAGCCAUAGGUGUCCAAAUGGUAAUGAAAAUGUUACGCAAGCAAUACAGAAAUACGGUUAAUUCUGAGUGUAUUUGGACUUAAUUUAAAUUGACACAUUUGACAUUUAUGGCCAUCAAUCUGCACUCAAUAACCCAUAAUGAAUUAGUGAACACAUGGUUUCAGAAAAGUGUUCCAAUUUAUUAAAAAUCAAAAACGGAAGUCUGUCAUUUAUAUAAGUAUUCAGACCCAUUCUGUACUUUGUAGAAGCCCCUUUGGCACUUACUCCUUUGAGUGUUUUUGGGAAAGUCCCUACAAGCAUUGCACCCUGGAUUUGGGCAGAUCCUCUCAAGCUUCAUUAGAGUGGAUGGGAAGUGUCUGUAAACUGCCAUCUCCAGUUUUAUCCACUGUGACCACAAGGGGGCACCAAUGAGCUCCAGAACCUCAAACACAAUUGUACUCCACACAGUCCCAGGUUCAAAUAAAAUAUUUUAUUAUAAAUAAGCUACCAAAUGAGCAGUAGUGACCAAGCACAAGUGUCUCUCUUUUCUUUCCUGCUGCUCCUCCGUUAAGUGUUGACCACUGCCUCCUGACUCUGACUCCCUGAUGUGAGACAGCGGACUCCUUUUCAAGAUGAACGCAGUAAUGCUUCUGGUGCCACAGUGUGUCUUCUUGGAAGUAUUUCGGGGUUACAUGGAAAGCAGGGAGGUUCUCCACUGACAGCCCCCUGUACCAGCACCCAGGGGUCAGGGUGACAGGGUUGUGCUUCCGGACUCCAACUCCCAAGUAACCCUGUGGGUGUCCGAACUUGGACGCUUCCAGAGGAUCACUGCCACCUGCUUGUAUGGGGGGAUAGAACUGUUCCCAGCCCCUGACUCCUGUGGGUACAUCCAUUAUAUUAUUCCAGCUGGACAUAAAGUUGUUUUUUCAUCCAGCUGGCCAACCUGUCUGUC